AUGCAGUACUCUUUCUUCCUCUUCGCUGUUGGCGCUGCCGCUACCGCUGUGAAUACUACCCUCAGCGCCGCUGCCCCAGCCUCCUCUACCUCUGCCUGCGAUGCCGUCUACAACGCCUGCAUCCAGCGCUCCCUCCCAAGCCCCAACUUUGCUGUCUGCAACUCCGAGCGUGCCGCUUGCGAAUCUGGUGCCGGUGUGUCGACCUCUAUCCCAGGUGGCUGCAACCCAGCGCACGACCCCAAGUGCACUCCUACGCCAGCACCUCCAGCACCAACUGGCAACUUGACCGCGAAGUGCGACGAGGUGUACAACGCCUGCAUCCAGCGCUCCCUCCCAAGCCCCAACUUCGCCGUCUGCAACUCUGAGCGUGCUGCCUGCGAGGGUGGUGCUGACACCGUCGUUACCACCGUCGUCACCGCUUUCACCACUGUGUGCCCAACCCCGACUACUAUGACCUACAACGGUAAAACCUACACCGUUACUGCGUCCACGACUCUUACUAUCACCAACUGCCCUUGCACUAUCACCCACCCAGCUGGUCAGCCCGCACCAACCCCGCCUGCUGGCAAGCCAGCCCCUGCACCACCAGCUGGUACUCCUGCCAGCCAUGCCGGUACUGCCACCAAGCCUGCUGGAACUCCUUCAGUGCCGUUCUUCACUGGUGCUGCUGCCCACCCGACUGCCGGUGCCAUGGGUCUUGUUGCCCUCGGUGUUGCCGCUCUUUUGUAA